AUGAGAAUGACUCAGGUCACUAUGGGGGGUGUACCGCUUCAAACUCGGUCUAGUCAGCCGAUUAAUGUACCCGAGUAUUCUGAGGACGACCUGGAAGAGGGUGAUGAGGAUGAGGAGGAUGAGUUUGAUGAGGAUGAUGUGCAGGACAGUGUUAGGAUGGAUGCACAUCACAGAGAUACGCCUGUGUACAAUCUUAGUAGUUACCCUCCUCCUCUGUACUCCAGUUUUCCCCGGCCUGGUCCUCGCGGUUUACCCUCUCUCCCUACCCCUAUCCCUUCUCCUAAGAGUGGCGACAGCAGCCAGUCGAGAGUUUCUGAUGACAUUGAUCUGACUACAUGGCUAGUGACAGAUGAAGUACCUGGUGGGGCGAUAGAUGGUAGCGUGAUUCCUAGCUUCCUUGGGCAUAUUGCUUAUCAUUUCUGGCAUGGAUACAAUAGACCCACAUUGAAGAUUUUUAAAGGCGAAAAGAUUCUGAAUAAGUUGAAGAUGUGGUAUAAAGAUAUGGAUGAUGAUGGAGGGCGAGUUACCCGUGCGGAUCGUCUUCGUCAGGUUAAAUGUAUACGUCAGAUUGGCUACGACCCAGGACUACACAGUACUUUGUACAGCAUUCUUCUGUUGACACACUCAAUACUUGGAGGAGAUUCCCAGAGAGAGUUCUCUACACCAGCUAAGAGCAGUCAGGAUUAUUGGAUGAAUGAAUUGAGGAAGCUGACCAGGGACCUGAUUAGAAAGGUCAAAGUGUCCGAUCGCGACCUGGCCGACGAGUAUGACGAGAAGCUGCAGGAUACGAUGAUCCGUUAUUAUAAGGCCCCAUGA